UACUCUUUUGCUGGCAACAAUUCCUUGCAGUCCAUUGGCGUAGUCAUUGUGCACAUGUGGAUGAUCUUGUAGGAUGUUAUUGUCGUCUUGAAUCGCAGUGAGGCUGUACGUCCCCGAUUUCUUACAUAUGCUAAGAUUGUCAAGGUCUCUUCAUUCGUCAGCCAGAAAAUUGUUUGAACGAAGACCAUCUAGGAUGGCUGCCCCUGAGCACCUCAUUCCGCUGUUUGAAAGUGUUGGCAUUGGAAACGCUUCUGGUUUGGCUAAAAAUGCUGCUCUUGCCCAGCGUCUUGAGGCAUUAAUUAUAUCUGCAAAACGCUCCAAUGAAAACCUCAGUAAACCUGCAGCUAAUCUUCUGCUCAAGGUUGCAACAGAUUUGAAAAAAGAAGCAAGUGAUGAUAUUGUUGCCAAGUACGUGGCCACUGAGCAGAUCUCUUCAUCGCUUCAACUAACAGCUGCAAUUGACUUUGUGAAGAGCUCUUUGUCCGACAAUAUCGAUGUGGCAGCUUUCGAAGAAGCAUGCGGAGUUGGCGUUGUAGUGACAGACGAGGAAAUCACUCAGGCGGUAGGUGAAGCGCUUACGAAGAGUAAGGAUGCUCUUCUUGAAAAACGCUAUCAGUUUCCAGCUAUGUCGCUACUUCCAUCAAUCAUGGAGUCAAUGAAAUGGGCAGAUCGCAGAGCAGUGAAAGAACAGAUUGAGAAGCAGGUGGAGGCUGCGCUAGGCCCCAAGACUGAGGAAGAUCUAGCUGCUGCAAACAAGAAAAAGAAAGGAGCGACCACCAAACCAAAGACGCUUUCAGCAGCACCACCAAAGGAUGAAGUUUCAACUCUUGGAAAAUCAUUCAUGGAUCUGGCAGGUGAAGCAUUGAACUUUCACAAGCCAGGUGAGAACUAUACAACUGAUGGGUAUGUUGUAACACCUAACACCAAGCCCCUUCUCAAGGACCACUUGAAAGCAACCGGAGGAAGGGUUUACACACGAUUUCCGCCAGAGCCCAAUGGCAUCCUGCAUAUCGGUCAUGCCAAAGCAAUCAACUUCAAUUUCAGCUAUGCCAAGGCACACGGUGGUCUUUGUUACUUGCGCUACGAUGACACAAACCCAGAGAAAGAAGAGGAGCGUUUCUUCACUGCCAUUUUGGAAAUGGUACGCUGGCUAGGGUAUGAACCUUGGAAAGUGACUCACUCGUCUGACUACUUUGAGGAGCUCUAUCAGCUUGCUGUCGUCCUCAUCAAAAAAGGAGCAGCGUACAUUUGUCAUCAGCGUCCAGAAGAACUGAAAGGCCACAACAUAGCAUUUAGCCCGUGGAGAGAGCGUCCCAUUGAAGAAUCGCUUCAACUCUUUGAGGACAUGAGAAAGGGCAAGAUUGAGGAAGGCAAGGCCACAUUACGCAUGAAACACAUCAUGGAAGAUAGCAAGGUGGACCCGGUUGCGUAUCGCAUCAAAUUUGUUUCUCACCAUCGGACAGGCGAUGCGUGGUGUAUAUACCCGACAUACGACUACACGCAUUGCUUGUGUGACUCCUUGGAGAACAUUUCUCACUCGCUGUGUACCAAAGAGUUCCAAGCACGUCGAUCGUCCUACUACUGGCUCUGCAACGCCGUGGAUGUCUACUGUCCUGUCCAGUGGGAGUAUGGCCGCUUGAAUCUUAGCUAUACCGUUGUGUCCAAGCGCAAGAUUGGCAAGCUGAUUGAGAGCGGCAUUGUGCGGGACUGGGACGACCCUCGCCUGUUCACAUUAACAGCACUACGUCGCCGUGGCUUCCCUGCAGAGGCAAUCAAUGCGUUCUGCGGCAAAGUGGGUGUUACAAUGUCUCAAGUCACACAGAGACCAGUCGUCUUGGAGGCAUGUGUACGAGAAAACCUGGAUGCUAAUGCUCCCAGAGCCAUGUGUGUACUUAGUCCACUGAAGUUGACCAUCACCAACUUCCCGUCUGACAAGGCAAUAGAGCUGAAGGUGCCGAACCACCCAAACAACCCUGAUGCCGGUGAACACUGCGUAACAUUUGACCGAGUGGCAUACAUCGACAGAGAUGACUUCAGGAGUGUGAAAGAGGCUGGGUAUCGGCGUCUUGCUCCUGGACAGUCUAUAGGCCUUCGCUACACUGGCUAUGUGUUUACAAUGGAUGAUGUUGUCAAGAAUGAUGGUGGUGAAGUCAUAGAGGUCAUUGGCAAGAUCACUGCUGUCCAGGAUAUUGCCAAACCUAAGGCAUUCAUUCAGUGGGUAUCAGAUCCGAUCAAGUGUGAAGUGCGCGAGUACUCACGGCUUUUCAAACACGAAAACCCCGAAGACGCCGCUGUUGUACCUGGCGGAUUUGUCACUGAUACUACAGAGAACUCUCUCGUGGUUCACAAUGCCUUUGUUGAUCAGUCUGUGCGAAAUGCAAAGCACCUUGACCGCUACCAAUUUGAGCGUGUAGGAUACUUCUGCGUUGACUAUGAUUCAACUCCGGAGAAGAUGGUUUUCAACCUCACUGUCGGCCUGAAACAAGACAGUGGUAAAAACUAGACUGGCAUAAUCUCUGGACAACACCUUUCUCUGCCAUCCCUCUCCUCCCUCCUCUCCUCUCAUGCCCAGCAGCAUAUCAUGGAAACCAGCUUAAUUCACUGCCCGUAUUUUCACACUUUUGUGUACAUGCCAACUAUUUCCUUUCUAUCAUAACAUUUCCGGAAAUUUCCUUUAAUUUUUUAGACGCUUUAAAAUAGCUCUAGAGUGACUCGCUGAUACUUUCAAUGCAUGUGGGAGGGGGGGGGGGGUGCUGUUGCUUGCUUACUGCUACUUGCUGCUUUCUUGAAGUACUGGUUAGAUUCACGAUGUAGACUUCGAAUUUGCUGUUGCCCCUCCUCCUCCUCUCUCUCUCUCUCUCCCUCUGCCAUAGAGUCUCUCUAGCUCUAGCUCUGGUACUCUGGUAGUAUAUCACAUGACCUGUAUCACAUGACCUGUAUUGCUAGCUGACAUUGAUACUUGUCUACUUCCCUGGCAAUUGAACUUCUCAAUUCUUACCACCAACAGUUUGCCUUUCUAACUGCUCUGAUUAUGUAGUUCGGGCUGCCCAGCCUCAUUCAUGUGCAUGCACCAGUACCUGAAGUUAAUGCCAUGAAGUAACUACUUGAAAUACAUGUAGUACGUUGUA